GAGAAAGGAAAGGGGGGAUUUAUAGAGAAGGGGAGGAGGGGAUGAGUGGUUUUAUUAAACACCAGAGUGUGUGUGAGUAACAUCUUCCGAGUCUGCAGUGGAGGGAGGCUCUCCUUGUGCUCCUCGCGUCUGUCCUGAGUUUUCUGUGCAGUCUUCGGCCGUCGCGGAUAGCUGCUGGCAGUCAGCUGUAAGUCGCACUACUCUGGAGAGGAGAGGGCUCCUGAUACUGUACAAGCCCGUGCUAUAUUUGUUUCUAGUGGUGCAACUGAAGCGGGCCAAAAAUGGAUAAUGCAGGGAUCAAGUCAUUAAAGUUCAGGGGCCUGGAGAAGCAGCGCUCCUUCAGGGCCCCAAACGACCAGCACCACGGAUAGCGCCACAACAGAAAGGCUCCUGUUCCAGUCAGAGUUUUUUUUCUUUCUUUUUUUUGUAUAUGCCAAGCCACAUUGAUUGAUUGGUUGGUUGGUUGGUUGAUUGCAUUUUGUACAAUUAGAUACAGUACAAACUCAGUUUAAAACUACUCAACUCCCUCUGCGCUUCACUGGUACAUGUUUUUUGGUAUGAGGUUAGGCCUAAUUAAAUUAAAUUCGAAGACCCCUCUGAAAGUCCCCAAAAGUACCACUGUAGCUUUAACUACUUUAAUAGAUAUGUAUACAGCUUUUUUUUUUAACGAAACCUAUGCAGCUUAGAAUUUGUAUAUAUAAAAAAGACCACUUGAGGAUACAAAACUGCAAUGACAUGCAUAAGCACACACACAGCCACCACUUAUCAGUCUUUGGCAACAAGCCUAAGAUCCCUGCCAUGUCCUCUAGUCAUGUCUCAGGCAAUUCACUGCAAUGCUGCUGUUGUUCAUUCAUAACACAGUUCUACUGUCUCCAUAGGCGUGGAGAAUUCCCCACUAUUGCCAGUGCAAACCAGAAGUUUUUUUUUGUUACUGGGAAACAAAUGCAACACCUCCUCUUGUCACUUGCAAUACGUAGGCUCUCAGCUGGAGCAGUUUGGAAAUUCAGGGCAGACAAUUAGAAACUCCAUUAAGCACAGUUGAUUCCUCUGAGGUAGUUGGACCAAAAGCAGCAUGCACCCUGGGAUCUGUAGGACUCGGAUAUGAAGCACUAUCAGUCCUUAUUCUGCAUCUGUGCUCACUGUUAGAUGAACCCUUUGACCUCAAUCAAAACUUUAUGAGUCAGCACAUGGGUGUUGAAAUGACACCCAUGUGCUGCGAAGCAUGACUGUGUGGAUUGAGUUAAGGAUCGUUAUAAGAUCAAAUUGCUUCAGAUAAAUAGUUGGUUUAAACUUUGGACUUUUUCAAUCAUUUUGAAGGUUAAUGUUUGAUUUUCUGUAUUUAUAUUAUUAUGGUGGAAUGGCUCAGACAGUUUCAUUUCCAAUUACAGCUAAAAUAUAAGGGAAGUAUGAGUUUUGAGUGAUGCUGCCAUGCUGGCAGCAUUUUUUCCCCAUUUUUCUCUCUGAUAACUUCAGAAUAACUCAAAAACAUUGUCCAUAGAAAGUGAAACAAAGCCAUUUAAUUGAUUUAACUUUCUAUACAAAGUUGCCAAAGUCUGCAUUUUACAUGGCAAUCUCAUUGCAUCAUUCUCUCCUACAGUCUGAACAGUACAAGAUCAUGGAAGCAACAAGGAGCAGGAAGUGAAGUGUUAUACGCUUCAUUUUUUAGGCGCAAAAUUCACCCCGUAGGGACUUCUGGUGAACUAUGUGUGUGUGAGCAGGCUUAAAUGUUUGCACCUGCUUUCCUUUGUAGUAUCAGAUUUGCACCUGGCUUUUGUGGUGUUAAAGUUUUCCCUCUUUGUCUCCAGUCUUGGAAGUGUGCUGCUUAGGGCUAUGAUGUGAACAAAACAAACACACUCGGGUGUUGUAAACUACUGCAAACUACUGCAUUAAAUAUGAACGGUUUAUAAUGUCACACAAUAAUGUCGCAGCAGCCGAUAUAUUGAAAUAGGAGCAGUGGGUAAAAUAUAUCAGUAAGGGUUCCACGGCACAGUAGAAGGACGCCAGAUGUCAGGAGCACCUAGAGCCCCAGUAUUGUGGUUAAUGUGUGGCAGGUACAGGAUACUGUGUGGUGGGUGUCAUACUAGCAACGCUAACAGACCCAGCAGCACUUUAUAUUUGCCACUUGGUCAGUUUUCAGUAACUGAUGAAUAUAACAUCAGGUUUAGGUUAAAGUUCUUUUUCUAAUGUCAGUAUAUAAUGUUUUGUAACAUUAGGUUUAACACUCAUAGCAAAUGCCGAUGUAUAUAUAUAAUUUGAACUUGAACUGCUAAGGUCACAGAGGAUUGUGACCUCCUGAAUGCAGCAGUAAUGGUAGAGGACGUACAAGAACACGAUUGGAUAAAGAGCUGACACACACACACACAUACAGAGAUUCCUUCGUGUAUUAGUUUCCAAGGCAGACGUCACGGUCAGUGGAAAGUUUAUUAAAAGAUUCAAGAUUAAUUUUAAUCUUCGGCACAGUGUUGCACAACAAAAUUGCAAAUCAAUCAAAAACACUAAAUAAAUACAAUGAAAAACAUUCUAGGUUUGAAUCCACUGCUGUGUUUUUUUGUGUUGACUUUGCAUGGUUGCCCAUGUGCCUUUGUGGAUUCUCUCUCGCCUCCUAAACAGUCCAAAUACAUGCUUGUUGAUGAACUGGAGGUUCUAAAUUGGACAUAUGCGUGAAUGUGAGUGGUUGCCUGACUCUGUGUGUUAGCUUAACACCAUCAUUUUACUGUAAUGCCUAGCUCCAUGUGCAACAGGCUCUGCUGACCAACAGCUUAGAAACAGGAAACCCUCUUAAACUUAGUGCUGCAUUUCCUUUCCUCCCCAGCAAUAUACACACCAUGUUUGCAGUCAACUGGAUGAUGACUUGACUAGAAAUGUGAACACCCACACACGCAGACAAACGCACAUCACACAUACAGACAUGACUCGAUUUAUCGGAGCGAGAUGCAGGAAUCUAGACUUUGUCUCAUAUUUUGCUGCACUAGAUGUGAUUAAAAUUAGAAUCUGAUUGUUUUGUUCAGCCGUACGACUCGGGCUUUUAUCUCCUUUUCAUGUUGAUUCAUGUUGUUUAUGUAGUAGAAGUUUUUAAGCAGCAUUUUGAGUCACAGAAUGUCUCAUAUUCUCUCACGUUUCUACUCUGCGCUUCUCGAGGAGCUGGCAUGAGCGUUUAGCAGACAUUACGCUAUGACAACCAGUUCUAGCUAUUGUGAGUCAACAGAUCUGUGAGGUAUCUCAAGGACACAGAGAAGUGACAAACUUCAGAGAUAGGAAACAGUGAAAGUAGUUUCUCUCCAAAGUGGUUGUGGUUCAUUUAUUCUCCACAAGGGGGCAGCAGAUAUACAAAAAAAUGUUUCUCUGAACAAGCUGCACCUCUGGCAAGGCCACAGAGACUCUGGCUGUGGUUUACUUCUGUUCACUGAAUUGAUUCAUCACAGUUACAUUUGUACAUUUAAUGAGAAAGUCUCACAUAAAACAUCUUUUUAAAAGAUAAAUGCUCCAAAUGCAUCCUCAGCAUACUUUUUGCCCUUAAUGUUCAUAUUAUUUAACCAAGAAAAAAAAGAAGAACAUUUGACAAUAAUAACAAACUCACACAGUCUCUGUAACCAUGACAGCCAAUCUUCAGAGUCAAAAUCACUUGAAAUGUCAAUUUAAAUUAUUACUCUGUACUAUCUGCAGUGUGUUUCAUAACAGCAGUGUUUCACUGAUUUUGGAUGUAUCGUUUCUGGAGUGAAGGGAACAUUAAUUGUCUCUGGUAGAAGGAGGAAGCCAAACAGAUCCUCAUUAGGGAAUACUUUAUCUUUCCCCGACAAAGAUGUAUGUCCAUGUCUGUGGUGCGCACGAGCUCCCUCCCAUUUCUGAGAAAACUCACUUUGUACUCGGAACCACAAGCUCUGUUUUUUCUUUCUUAGAAGUGUGCAGUAUAUCACAUCCAAAGUGAUGAAUGUUGUAUUGAGACUAUUAUAAAUUUUUCUUUAUACUGCAGUGUCAAAUUAAUAUCUAUCACUCACUGGCAACUCAAUAGGAAUACAAAAGGUUUUUGAUUUAGAAUCUGAUUGAAUCCAAGCCUCGGUUCCUAACUUUCUUUCCUUGCCUAUCUUAGUAUGUAAGAUUUUAUCUGCCCUCCAUCUCCCUUUCUCUCUCUAUCAGUCUUUUCUCUCUCUCUCUCGCAGAUACUUUAGAAAAAUGCAAAUGACUGACGCGGGUAUCAGCACUUCACAUUCACAUUCCUUCAUCCAUUUUAUCCAAAUCUUACAUAAAAGGGACAGACAAUAGCCGGCAAAAGAAAAUCUCUCUCCGUCUUUCGUUCGGUCUCUCCUCUUUCCUCGUCUUGCUGUCUCUACAGAUUCAGUUUGGUGAGAGAAUGUCAAACCAAGUCCUAGAAAAAGCCUCUAAAUGUUUCAUGCCCUUUCAUCACAGGGAUGCUGCUAAAGACACGUGUGUUUUUCCUAACACAGAAUGCAUCUGUGCUGUGCUGUGUGUGUUCUCCUUAGCCAUGCAACAAAAGGAAUGAAACCAGAGGCACAUAAACAUGAUGUCCAUCAUGCCUGCAGGUUAUUCUGGCUGGUGCCUUUUACAUUGAUUUACCUUUACUGCUACAGUGAUCCUCGUCCUCUUAAUUGUGCUGAAGACAGCCGCAGAGAAGCAAUCAAUUGGUUUGCAAUUGUUCCUAGUCAGAUGGAAACACAGAAUAGGCCUACAGGGUGCUCUCACGAUGCUUUCACACGAACUGAGGGGCCAAGAUGUGUUUGAAGGCAGUUCAAAGCUUUAGUGUCACAGUGUUAUUUGUUGAUUGUUGUCAUUUGUGUUCAUUGGGGCUGUACUUUCACUUCCAUCACAUGAAUCCAUCUGUUGUGUCACUGUGUGGAUCUUGAGUUUUGCCUGAAUGUGUGUGUUUCCCGCUCAUACUCUGCGUGUUGGACCCUGUUGCGGUUGAUCCUUUAAGCCAGACUUAACAUGCUCUUUGCGUGGCCACUGUUUUCUUUACAAAAUAAAAUGUGUGCUCCUAUCUCUUUGAUAGGCCUAUAAGCUGUGAGGGCAAGAAUGCCGUGUAGUAUAAGCCAAAGCUGAUUAAGAAUCAACUUUGUAUGCAGUUUGCAGUUUCAUGCAGCCAUCUCGCAUUUUCAAACUGCUUUGCAACUUCGGAUUUGAAGUGUAAUUAAAAGAGACAGUUGUGAGAUGAGUCGCCCCAGUUUGAACGCGCACAUAAUCCAAAAGGACGCACGUGCACGCGCAUCCAUUUCUCAAAGGGAAGAAGAAGAAAAAACACACAGCCCCUCCCCCCUUUUAAGUUUACAUUUUGCAAUACAAAUUCCAAUAUUCGCAAAUUUUCGAGAUUGGGAUCAUUCAUUUGUCCCGUGCAACUCCUGGGAAUUACUAAUACUAACCUCAAUCACGUAUGAUUGCGUUAAAAGAGUUGGAGAGGGAGACAAGGGGUGAGAGAGACAGAGAGGGAGAUCGAGAGAGAGGGAGGGAGAGAGGGAGGCAGGGAGAGAGAGAGAGAAGCUGUGGACCGCCACCAUUCACUCGCACAUACACACACAGUAUUCAUUCGGGACUCGCUGGAAAUAAUGCUUAGGUCACUUUAUUAUUUGUGCGCUACAAUGAAAAGCACUCCGGCGUGUGUUCGCCUCAACUAAUUGUUGCUUUUCAGACGGGAAUCACUGCCUGCAGGCUUAAAUUACAUCUCUGCAGCAUCCUUGCAGAGUAGCCUCUGCUCGCCGAUUCCAUUUUUUCCCCGACUGCAUUUAAGCGGUGCCAUCGACGGAACCGGAGACUGGUUCACAUACACGGGCUCCUACACCGCAUCCUGGACCGGCAGCGGACUUCUCUUUGAGCAUGGAGUAAAAAGAUCAUUACGGAAAGAAAAAGUUAGUAGUCUUCUCCACGCACGAGCAGUGCCCCUGGGUUUGGGUUUAAUGCUUAUCGAAAGGCGUCAGGAACCCAGAGGGUAGGCUGGUGUGCGGAUGAGGAAAACGAUGUCGUGCUCGUCAGCCGCGGCGCUGUUCACCUGGAAUACCUGAAGCGCUCUCGCCUAUGGCACGCAGCAGCAUCAACUUAGAAACACUGUUGCAUGUUUUCAUGUCUGAUAUCUGGGCCCUUGUGGCCUAACCCUUAGAUAUUUUAUAUAAGAUCGGUUGCUGUUGAUUGAAAAGCCCGAGUGUCGAAGCAAAACUCGCAGCAGCUGAUCAUAUUUAUAGAUAUAUAUCUAAAUAUACUCUACUGUCCCCACAAGAGGAUGCUGCCCGAAGCGCAAUGAUGCCCUGGACUCGAAGGAUUUUCGUGAUCAGUAUGACAUUUAGUUAAAAAAAAAAAAACAACCCAACAAACUCGUGGACCUAAGGACAGAAUCAACGUUCUUAUUUUUAUUUCCGCCACACGCCAAUUACCUACAGUGAGAUCCGACAUCUGCCGAAGUAGACUUUCCGUUUUCAGACUCGGUUCGGGGAGAUGGCCGCGAUCGCCAGCUCCCUGAUCCGGCAGAAACGCCAGGCGAGAGAAUCCAACAGCGACCGGGUCUCGACUUCGAAACGUCGCCCCAGCCCCAGCAAAGACCCCCGCUCUCUCUGCGAGAGGCAUUUCUUGGGGGUCUUCAGCAAAGUCCGUUUCUGCAGCGGCAAGAAAAGACCCGUUCGGCGGCGACCAGAUGCACCCUCGAAACCUCCACAGGUGUCCCAUAAGGGCUGCAGGCUAGAGCCACAGCUGAAAGGCAUCGUGACACGACUGUUCAGCCAGCAGGGCUUCUACCUGCAGAUGCAGCCGGAUGGAACCAUCGACGGCAGCAAGGACGAGAACAGCGACAACACCCUGUUUAAUCUUAUUCCCGUGGGUCUGAGAGUGGUGGCCAUCCAGGGGGUGAAGAGUGGCUUUUACAUUGCCAUGAAUGGCGAGGGCAUGCUCUACAGCUCGGAGGUGUUCACCCCAGAGUGUAAGUUCAAGGAGUCAGUUUUUGAGAACUACUAUGUGAUCUACUCGUCCACUGUGUACCGACAGCAGGAGUCAGGUCGGGCCUGGUUCCUUGGUCUCACCAAGGAGGGACAAGUAAUGAAGGGCAACCGGGUCAAGAAGACUAAGCCCUCAUCGCACUUUGUUCCCAGGCCAAUUGAAGUUUGUAUGUACAGGGAGCCAUCACUGCAUGAGAUAGAGGACAAGCACCGCUCCAGGAAGAGCUCAGGGACUCCCACCAUGAAUGGAGGGAAAGCUGUCAAUCAGGACUCCACAUAGCAUCUGAGGGAGGGGCUUCCAGCAGGGGGGAGAGGCCUCAUCCUGAAUGAAGGGAAGGGGCCAAAGGAAACUUCACCCGUCCCUCCCAAUGUACGCACCACCAUGGCCCGUGACAAACAGAGGGGUUUAUGAUGACAACGAGGAGCUAUUACUGUACACCCAAGACAACGAAAACAAAAACUGAUGUCUUGCCUGUGAAAACCUUUUAGAUGAAUUAAUAUGAAAAAGACUAUAUAUAUAUAUAUAUAUAUAUAUGGAGAAGUCAUUUUCAAUCAGGACUUGACCAACCAUUUUAUGCAAAAAAGUAUAAAAAAGCUGUGAUAAACAAAGAAAUGGUGGUCUCCCUUCACGUAAAUACAAGUAUCUGUCAUUUUCGAUUUAUGCUGUGAAAAACAAGCUUUAAUACAUGUUCACUUUUCGUACAUUGAUUUUUUUCUACAUGCUAUUGCAUUCUCAUAUGCUUUAUUGUGUUGUUUUCAAUAAUAACUAUACCAUCUUCAUUAUAAUCAUUAUUACUAGUCUGUUGCUCGAUCAUCUUAUUUACUAGCUUUUUGUUUUUGAGACAAAAUACUUUUUUUUAUUACCCUUAUGUGUUUUUUUUCUCUCACAGUUUGAUCUUGAAUGCACUGUCACACCACUUGCACUGGUGUGAGGGUAAGACUAAAUAUAUUGAUAGUUCUCUUUGCUGGACUUCAAUGGGAACAGAGUGCUUAGGGUGGGAUGUAAUUUACUCAGGUGUGUAUUGUAAGUUAGACUAAUGUGACUAUAGGACACAAACUUCCAUAUGUUGCCCUGGGACCGAUACAAGCAAUAUAACAGAGUGCAGUCUAGUAUGUCUCUAAAUGAAAAAAAAAACAAAAACAAUAAAACACUGACAAUACAUCUCCACGGUUGGUGUGUUUGUCAGUAGAAAAGACAAAGAAAGUUGUAUGAGGCAUUAAAAGUUGGAAACGAGUGAAAACCUGUUUUGAUACAGUUUCUGUAUUAUCUCAUCACUUAAAAUGAGCAUUAGGUUAUAAACAAAGAGAUGUCCAAACUUGUCAAAAAUGACAAAGAAUAAUAUUCUCUCCAAAAGCUGAGAGGAUGGCAAUGACCAACAUCAGCACUACGAGCCAUGGCCAAAAACGGUCACUACGCAUUUGCACCUCGAGAACCACAGACCCCUUUUUCUGCUGUUAGCUAUAACAACAACUCAAAAUAUAACUAUGUAACAGUAGUCGUGCUUUUGAACUAUACGGACUAAACAUGAAAUAACCUUUGAUUAAAGACUUCUGCAGUUUUUCUACGCAGAAAGAAAAGAAGUGGCAAUUUUUUUGGCAAGCCCGGCCGUGAAGGGUUGCGUUGACUAAUUUCCAGAAAGUUCUACUAUUUCUAUUAUUCUGUUGUGAAAUGACCAGAGACUUUUUCAACACUGGUGGACAGGGUGCCUGACUGUUUAAUAAAUCACUGACCUAACAUGUUGAAAAUUUGUUCAAAAAUUGUAAGGUCACAAUCAUUCAAACUUUGCCAUCACAAUGGAAGCCAAAUGUUUCAUUGAGGAACCAGUACAUAUGGAUUUGGCCAGAUUCGAGGAGGAUGUCUUACCGUCUCAGUGGGAUUUUCUGAAAUGGUAACGCAUGCCAUCUCUAUUCCCACUGGUUUUGUGACCAAUGAAAUGAGCCACUUGCUGCAUUGUGGAGGAAAGUCUCUCUCUUUCAUAAAUCAACAGAUUGACAGGGCUGUAUAAACGAGUUGAGUUGACUGGGACACCACAUACGCUGUGUACGCUGCUGAGCUUAUUUCUAAACCCCAAUUAGUUUGUCUAACUCAGGAAGUCCUACAGUUGUGCAGUGAAUGGGCCAGACGUAGAGGCUGGAUGUCCACUGUCCAGCACUAGUUGCACAAAGACUGGCACCAAUGUGGUGUUUGGAUUGGGGUUAAUAGUGUUAUUUCUUUUUUACUAUUAUUAAAGAUGACGUACAGCUAAGCCUAGCCAAGUUAGGAAAGCUGAAAAGGGGAAACGGUUGAGAUCAAGCAUGACCAUCGCAUGACUGUAGAAGUUGAUGUAAGUUUGGUUUAAGUUUGAGGCGGGAUCCAAGAGGAAUGUCUUUAGAUUUUUGGGAGCAUAUGUCCAAAAUGUUUUAUGCAAUAGUUUGAUCAGUAUUUUAGCGAGAGCUCAUACAUCUCUCCUACAUCUGGUUAGAAACCGGUUGCUAAUUUGGUGAUAUGUACAGUAAAUAGCACACAUUCAGCUGCACGCAGCAAACUACAGUGGCAUAGGCAUCAUUAUGGAUCUAGGAAAGUCUUCCAUCUUGGACCCGGGUCCGCAGCUGAUGCAAGUUACCUGUAAGAGCUAACAGUAGAUUAGUUCAACUUCCACAGUACCUACUGAAUAACAGUGAUACAUACAGUAUAUUAGACAUGACACUGAAAGUCAGCAGGCAAGACCAGCAUACAAGUAUCUUUAUACAGAGGUUUAUACUGGUGCAUAUGACACAUGUGUGGACUUAAAGCAAUGCAUGAAGUUAAGUGUACUGAAGGUCAACUCUUGACAGAUGAAUGAAAGGAUCUGAGACAGGAAUGAAUACAUGGAGUCAAAAAUAGCUAAUGUGAGAAAGCAGUAAAGCAAAGCACUUUUUUGUGGGUUUCUUGAUGUGUGAAAGGGGUUAAUAAAGGCUUUGAUUGUAUGAGAUAAUAACUAUUAUUUUAAUAUUUUUAUGUUUGCAGAUGAUUCACUGCAUUGGAACAUGCUCAUAUAUGCAUUAUGAAUUCUGAGAUGACAAAAAAUAUGCAUUGAUUAUAUAAAAAACAGAAUGAAGUUAGUGAUUGUUUAAGAAUAAAGACUAUGUUAUCAAAAA